AUGCAACCUUUCCCUCGUGUUGUUGAAGAAAUAAAACGACAAGUUACAAAGACUUAUUUCGAUCUUAAUUUACACGACGAAAAUAAUCUUGUAAUUAAAAUGACAGAUGUUGAUGAUCCUUUUUAUUAUUUUCUUACGAGUAUCAACAUUAUCGAAUUGCAACAUUUGAAAAUGAAUAAAAAAAUACCAACAAAUCUACACCAAUAUUUCAUCGACAUCGUUGAUCUCAUGAAGCUAUGUUUCAAUGAUGAUUCCAAUGUAACUGCUUCAAAUAAUACCAAGUGA